CUGAAAUGAAACAGAAUGGUUGCAUUUUAACUUUACGAGUCAUUAAAAUCUAAAUAAUUCGAAUUAAAUUUCACUUAGAAAUGUUUGUUUUUAAGACCUGGAAUUGUUAAUAAGAGAGAACAUGUACAGUUCUACCUUAAAUCAUAACACACGAUUAACACUACUGCGUACAGCAGACCCAUGUGUUGCGCAGUAGUAUGUGUUUGCAAUCCAGAUUGUGUUUGACGUAAAAUAAGUAUCAAGCGCUUGAUCAAUGAAUUUUAACGAUGCGAAGAAUGAAGUUCUGCAGGUGUUGUCCAAGACGGAGAGACAACAUCUUCCAAAGCUGUUAGAAUGGUUGAAAACAUCCGAUGAUCUGGAUGAUUUCCUGGUGGAUAACCAAAGUGUUAUUCUUCAAAGUAUUGCAGAAGACCUAAGGGUUUGCCUUCCACUGGAGGCUAUGGCUCCCUCAGAGACUAUGGCUAUUCAGAAGACUCAACAGAAACCUCAUCCCACUGUGCAUGUGGAUGCAUUCUUAUAUGAUGAGGAAGCUGUGGAUUCAUUGUGUGAGGAGGGAAAAAUGAGUCGCAACUAUUGCCUCAACUGUGGAUCGCACAGAACAGCACCGCUGGAGUUCAUUUCACAUUCAUUCUCAAUCCCGGAGCUCCAUUUCCUAUUCCACAAUGUUCUUCCAGACCUCUCAGGAAAACUGGUGGUGGAUGUGGGAUCUAGACUUGGCGCUGUGCUAUUUGGGGGCUACCUGUACAGUGCAGCAUCUCAGCUUGUGGGGGUUGAAAUAAGUUCAGAGUUUGUCAAGCUUCAAACAAUGGCUGUAGAGAAAUAUGGCUUCAGUGACAGAAUUCAGGUGAUUCAUGCAGAUAUCCGCUCUCAGUCUGCCUUAGUGCAAAAUACAGAUGUUCUGAUAAUGAACAACGUGUUUGAAUACUUCAUGGAACCAAGUGAUCAAAUGCAAGCUUGGCUAUUUAUUAGUCAAAAUUUCAGAAAGAAAGGUGCACUGCUUGUAACUGUACCCAGCGUUCAAGAGACACUUGCUUUAUUUCAGGAUGCUGUUUUCCUAGAGACGUUCGUGCUCAGCCAAUGGAUAGAGGAAGUACCACUUGAUUACACUGUUUAUCUAAAAAAUGACACAGAUCCAGAUUCUCUCAAGCAAAUCCAUCUUUAUAGAGUACUUUGACCCUCGGAAGAGACUCUUCUGAUACAGUGGAACCAAUGAAUACGAUUAGCCUCAAUGAGGCCUUUAACAGGACAAAUGAUGCAAAUAGAUUUGACUAAACAUACAGCAUCCUCUUCUGAUGAAUGUUCACUUGUCAAUUUUUAAAGUUGAGUUUGACUGUAAACACAUUUGUACUUAAAAUUGUUUAUGUAUUGUUUUCCUGUAGGUGACCUCUUCUUUGGUUUUGUAAUUUGUUCAAAUGCAUUUCGUCUCCAACUCUUUCUGUUGAAACAGGAAGUAGGGGAGGGAUCGUUGCAUGUUUUUUCUUUUUCUUUUACUUUACAGGCAGAGGUAGUGCACUGGAGACAAUUUACAUCAUCCUUGAUAUUAUUUUGCCUUGUGUUACUGCCAAACUCAGCCAAGUCACCGACUUUGUUUUUAAACCCAUCAUAGCUAUUAAAAUAUAUUUAAAAAAAUUAUACGGCACAAUCUUUUGCUAACUGUAAUGACUGUAUUGUAUGUUUUUGUUUGUUUGUAUAUUUGUACAUUAUACUCUUACGAGUACACUAUAGAUCAUAUAGCUCAAAACUAACACACAUGGAUGUAAAGCCACUAAACUCCAAUUUUAAUUAUUAU